AUGGCGGAUAGUGAUGACGAAUAUGAUAGGAAACGACGCGACAAAUUUCGCGGUGAAAGGGGAGCUGCUGAAGGAAGUAGCUAUCGAAGCAGUGACAGAAGAGAGGAACGCAGUCGUGGUCGUGAAGAGUGGUCUGAAAGAUCCCGAGGCGGUAGAUCAGGCCCCGACUAUAGAGAUUAUAGAGCUGGCGGAAGCGCUAGCAGAAGUUAUUCUCCUGUUAGAGGUGAAGGUCCACCUAGCAAGAGAGUUCGUCCUGAUUGGCCGAUUGAUGACCGAAGAUAUGGUGGCAUGCCCCACGAUUCCUACGGGUCUUAUGGCUGGGCGCACGAUCACUUUGGGCCCCACCCAGCUCAUCAAGGCUAUGGCCAACCAAUGCCCCCUGUUCCAGCCAGGGAUACUGUCUUGCCAUCGGGGCCCUCUGAUGGUCCACCCACCAUGAUGUCUUUUAAGGCAUUCCUUGCGGCACAAGAUGAUUCAAUAACUGUUGACGAUGCUAUCCAGAAAUAUAAUGAAUACAAGCUUGAAUUUAGAAGACAGCAACUAAAUGAGUUCUUUGUAGCACAUAAAGAUGAAGAAUGUCUACAGCGUAUUCGUGUGGAAUUGCUGGACGUCGUUACGAAAAUAUAUUCCAACUUUAAAUAUCCAAUUGCUAAAAUGUUCAAGAUAAAGUACCAUCCUGAAGAGUCUGUUAAGAGGAAAGAAGAACAGUUAGCAGCUCUUAAGAACCGCUUAAAUGUGUUUCUCGACUUAUUGGAGCAGGGGGAAUUUGACAAAGUGUCUGUUGAUGUUGACAAGUCAGAUAAACUGAUAAGGUUACUUGACACUGUUGUGAUCAAACUUGAAGGAGGAACUGAGGAGGACUUGAAAAUUCUAGAUGAACCUACACUGUCUGAAAAUAAUAAUACUGACAAACAAGAUAAACCAGAAACUGACAAGGCAGCUGUUAUUGACGUUGAAGCUGUCAAAGUAAAAGAUGAAAAGGAGGAAAAUACGAAUGAUAAGGAUAAGAAAUCAGACCCUGAAUCGCCUAAAUCAACUGCUCCGCUUACGAUGGAAAUUGAUCCUCACUUGAAACAUCUUCAGGAGCAAGCAAAACUUUUCUCGCGGUUCAACACUCCGCCGGGGACUGAAGCAGAUCAGGAAGUACCUGAAAAAGAACCUCCACCCCCUGGAUCAUCAUCUAGCUCGUCGUCAUCAAGCUCAUCGUCUUCCAGUUCAGAAGAUGAGGGCGAAACCAACACCCGACGCAAAUCCAAAUCUAAAUCUAAAUCCAAAUCCAAGAGCCCUAUUAAGUCUCCUAAAGCGCGCAGCAGAUCCAAAUCACCAAGUGUCGAAAAGUCUAGAGACACGACGGAGGCCACUAAGGAGAAAGAUGCUGAUGACAAGUCGGAGGGUACAAACGAUGCUGGGGCUGAGAAAAAGGAGAUAAGAGCCCUCCAUAAGACCACAUCGAUCUUUCUAAGAAAUUUAGCACCUACUAUAACCAAAGCUGAAGUGGAGGCUAUGUGCAAACGUUAUGGCGGUUUCUUGCGCGUGGCUUUGGCUGAUCCGUUGCCUGAACGGCGUUGGUUCCGUCGCGGCUGGGUCACAUUUCGACGUGAAGUUAACAUCAAGGAUAUCUGUUGGAACCUCAACAAUAUAAGGCUCCGCGAAUGUGAACUCGGCGCAAUAGUGAACCGCGAUCUGCAAAGACGCAUCCGGCCGGUGAGCGGAGUGACUGUCGAACGCUCUGUUAUGCGCGCAGACGCUCGUCUCGCCGCGCGCCUCGCCCACCUCUUGGACACGCGCACGUCGCUCUGGGAGAGCUCUGAAGGAGCCAAUGACAACGAUGCUCAUGAGUCCAUCAGCUUCAAUUCGAAGAAUCCAGUUUUACAUAAAAUCACGGAGCACCUAAUAGAAGAAGCGUCGACAGAGGAAGAGGAACUCCUGGGUCUGGAAGCUUCAAGUGACACAACGGGCCAGGAGCAGCCGGAUCCAGAACUAAUGCGCGUUUUAGACCGACUCGUGAUGUACUUGCGUAUUGUGCACUCGGUCGACUAUUACAACCACUGCGAGUACCCCUAUGAAGAUGAGAUGCCGAACCGUUGCGGCAUUAUGCAUGCAAGAUCUGGUCCCCCGCUCAAUAAGCCUACUCCGACAGAAAUCCAAGACUACGUUAAGGCGUUUGAAAGUAAAAUGUCCGCUUUCUUGCAAGAUGUCAAGCCUCUACCUGAUGACGAAUUACAAAAGCUUGGGAUCAAGGACUCUGAAGCUGAAGUUGAAAAGUUCAUUCAAGCAAAUACUCAAGAGCUGUCGAAGGAUAAAUGGUUGUGUCCACUCAGUGGAAAGAAAUUCAAAGGUCCUGACUUCAUUAGAAAACAUAUCUUCAACAAGCAUGCGGAGAAGGUGGACGAAGUACGCAGGGAGGUGGCGUACUUCAACGCGUACGUUCGCGACGUUCGCCGUCCCCAGCAGCCGGAGCCUCCAUCGCGACCCUCGCACCAUGCUCCCCCGCCCCACGCCGCGCACCAUGCUCCUCCACCCGCACCAUACGGCGGAGGCGGGGCAGGUUCCCGUGGAUGGGGCUGGGGCGGAUGGGCGCCGCCCGCGCCCUACGCGCCACGCCAUCCCCGCUUUUCGCGACCCAGGGAGAAUGUGGAUCGGUCCCGGCCUAUAAUUGCUUACAACGAUCUUGACUUCCCGGAAAGUGGCGACGUAUUCUAA